GUUAUAAUUUUAUCAACCACAGUAGAACAAACUCUUUGGUAAAACGUACAUUUUAAACAGCAUAUAUAACAAAUGACGAUAGGAAAGGAAUACUUUUUGUAUCAUCCUUAACAGUACAGAGAUCCGUAGGUAAACCAUAACAAAGACUUGGACUCAUUAACCUUUUACAGUAACUCCGAAUCUUCCUCACAUUCAAAUGAGUUAGCUUUCAAAACAGAUUUAAUUAAAGUUCAACAGAGAAAUAGGUCUGUUUUAGUCUCCCGGGGUCACAGCUAUUUAGACAGUUAACUAAAGAGGUAAUACACGGUCCUAGUUGGUGGGAGUGGUUUCAAUGGAAUUGGAUGAUUUCCUAUGUUAACAUCACAUGACAGGACUGAAGCUAAUAAAUAUGUGGACGUGUGGUAUAGAGGCUCAAUGCCAUCACAUGUACUGAGUUGUGAAUGGACUGAGGACACUAGUGAAAGCAUAAGUAACUCCAGCUGGGCUCACUCUCUCUGGCAUCCUUCUACAACAAGCAGUUUGCAUACAGGACGGCAAGCUGUUAGGACACGAGCUCCGAAAUCUUAAGACCUCUCACGCCUCACGUUCCAGGGGCCCGCUUAAGGACAGUGGACAUGCCACAAAACAAUACUUUGAAAGGCAACCGUGCAAAUUCUGAGCUCAGUGGUGAAAAAUGGCCGCGGUCCAAGGCUGCAAAGAAUCUCGCUCCAGGCCUCGCUUCGCUGCAGUGGAGUCCAGGACCUUUAGGCAGAGCCAUCUCCAUUGGUUCCCGGUUAGACGCUGAGGCUUUCCAAGGUGACCGUGAAGAGCUGGUCCUGAAGCCUGAGACCAAACUUUACCAUCGUCGUUGGUUCAUGCUGUUUCUCUUCAGUGCCGUCUCCGCCAGCAAUGCCUUCAUGUGGCUCCAGUAUGGCAUUAUUAGCAACAUUUUCAUGCGCUUUUACAACAUAGACUCUCUGGCCAUCGACUGGUUGUCUAUGAUAUAUCUGCUCACAUAUAUACCGCUUAUCCUGCCCGUCCUGUGGCUUCUGGACAACAGGGGCAUCCGAGAUGUCGUCCUCGUUGGUUCAGCCUUUAACUGCAUUGGCGCGUGGAUAAAAAUUGGUAGUGCCAGUCCCAAUCUCUUCCCCAUCACCUUUUUUGGCCAGUUUGUGUGCUCAGUAGCCACUGUGUUUGUCCUAGGAAUUCCCUCUUACCUUGCCUCAGUGUGGUUUGGAGAGACAGAGGUUUCCACUGCCUGUUCCAUAGGAGUUCUGGGAAACCAGCUGGGUAUUGCCAUCGGGUUCCUUGUGCCUCCGAUCCUGGUGCCUAAUGUGGACGACAUGGAUGAGCUGGCUCACCACAUCAGCAUAAUGUUCUACAUCACAGCAGGAGUGGCUACCUUACUCUUCGUCCUUGUUGUCUUUGUCUUCCAGGAGCGCCCGAAACUUCCUCCGACUCAGGCCCAGGCCACGGCUCGGAGCAUCCCACCAGAGCAGUACUCCUACACGGCCUCCAUCCGUAGGCUGCUCCGCAACAGGCCCUUCAUCCUCCUCAUCGUCACUUACGGUCUGAAUGUAGGUUGUUUCUAUGCUGUUGGCACCCUGCUGAACCGCAUGAUCAUCGAGCAUUACCCUGGAGAAGAGGUGAAUGCUGGCAGGAUCGGCCUUACCAUUGUCAUUGCGGGGAUGGUCGGCUCCCUGAUCUGUGGCGUUUGGUUGGACCGAACUAAAACCUACAAGCAGACUACCCUCGCAGUCUACUUCAUGUCUCUGGUGGGGAUGAUCGUCUAUGCUGCUACACUGAAUUUGGGACACCUCUGGGUGGUGUUCAUCACCGCUGGAGCUCUUGGGUUCUUCAUGACGGGCUACCUGCCGCUGGGCUUUGAGUUUGCAGUCGAGCUGACCUACCCAGAGUCAGAGGGAACCUCCUCUGGGCUACUCAACUGUUCGGCACAAGUGUUUGGCAUUAUAUUUACCAUCUGCCAGGGGAAGAUCAUAGACAGCUUUGGCACACUGGCAGGAAACAUCUUCCUCUGUGUCUUUCUUCUAAUCGGCACAAUAAUGACAGGCUUAAUCAAGGCUAAUCUGCGGAGACAAAAUGCAAACCUGUUGGCCAAAGCAGCAGUAAGUGUCAGGCUUUGCGUUUUUGUUGGGGGAUAUACAGUAGAGGAGCAAAGGUGGUGGCCAUGUAACGUGGAACAGGCCUUUUUUUCAUGGAAAACACUUUGGCAUGUCCUAGUGGGAAAAGCACUGGUGUAAAGAAUAAAAUUAACUCACAAUUGCAGUUUCAGGGUUCUGGUAUUACGCAUGUUAGCUCUCUGUGAAACUAUCAUGACCUUCAUGGACACUCGAAUUGAACCGAUCCAUCAUUGAUAUUAUUAAUAUUAUAAGUAACACCUGUGCUUUUUCUACUAAGAUCAUUCAAAAUGUCUGCUGUGAAAAAGGGCUGUGCUCUUUUUGUUUGCUUGUCAUAAAUUAGAAUGGAUGGCAUGCAGUCAAAUCACAUGCGCAUCUUGUGCUGCUGCAGAAAUAACUCACCCUUGGCUCCCAAUUGUGUUUGUUUUUGCUUUAGCCCUGCAUGUCUGUACCAAUUAACCAAAAAAAUAUUGUUGAACAUGGCCCGAUACUGCUACACUGUCUCUGCUGCACGUCUGGCAUUGUCAUCUUACUCAGGUGUCUGCAUGUUGUAAAACAAAGCAUCCAUCUGCUGUUUCAGAAAUAUUGCCACUUACCUACUUGAAGUAAUUUCAUAAACAGGAAUGUCGCCUCUGAAGGAUUUAAAUAAUAUAAGAUAUACUUAUAUAAGUAAUUAAUUUGUCUGGAUACUAGCAACAGUUUGCUAGCAUUGCUUUGAGUGGAUAGUGUGAGAAAGUAAGAAAGAAAUUGCUUCAAAGAAAAGCAAUAAUAUGAAGCGCAAAAUUAAGAAAAUGUCUGAGUGUGACAUAAAAGCAACUGAGACAGCGCUGCCUGAAGGAGGUGACAGGACUGUGGACCAAAUCAGAAGCGUUGUUAGUGAUGUCUGGGUGGGUCUCCAAGCUGUGUGGUGAAAUUCUGCACAUCUAAUGCUAACGUAUAAUGAAGAACAGACGCCAGGGAUCAUGAUAUGCUCAAAACUUCUGCAAUAGUUUUCAGAAAUAUGCUUAUUCGCUUUCUUGUGGAGUGUUGGAUGAGAAGAUCUGUACCGCUCUCUUAUCUGUCCAUUAAAUAUGAAGCUUGAGCCAAGAGACAGUUAGCUUAGCUUAGCAUAAAGACUGGACAGAGGUGGAAAAUGCUAGCCCGGUUCUGUCAGAAGUUAGCAAAAUCAACCCACCAGCACUUCUAAAACUCACUUAUUAACAUGCUAUAUCCUGUUUGUUUAAUCUGCACAAAUACUGAAGUAUAAAAACAACAAUUCACCAUCGUUGUGGGGGGUUGCGUGCCAGACUGUUUCUUGGCUGGGAGCUGAGCUAAGCUAACUAGGUGCUGGUUGUAGUCUUAUAUUGAGUGGACAGGUAUGAGAGUAGUAUCAAUCUUAUCAAUUACUCUCAGAAACAAAGCGAAGAAGCGUAUUUCCCAAAAUGCUUAACUGUUCUACUAAGCAUAACAUCCAAACUGGGAUUGUUUUAAGAAUAAUCUAAGUAACUUUAAUCACCUAUAAACUACAAACAUAAAAGAGGGAACUCAGUCAAGCACGAAUUCACUGGGGAAAUUAAAAAAACUGCCUGUUAGAGCAGAUUCUGUCGAACUUCACCACAGACUGGAGACUCACGCCUCCACAAACACUGAAUGAGAAGUGAUCAGUAGCUGUUGUUUUAGGCGGAGGAGCAGAUGUCGGGACAAGACUACGGAGCCACAGCGCUAAUCUCCCGGCAGCAGACUCAAUGAUCAAUAACCCUA